AACGCCUCGUCGUGUCUCAAAGAAGUGCAUACUGUUAUGUCUGACGUUCGGGCGUGAAGCGAGAACUAUGGGGGACAGUUACAAAUACCCCGUUUAUUUCGAGUGCCAGAAGCUUCUUGAGGAAAAGAACAGAAAGAAAACUGAGAGCCACUUCCGUGUUCACAGGCGGUCCGGCGGAGGAGACUGCGGUCCAUUAACGAGAGAGGCUGAUAAUGUCUACAGCAUAGCGUUCAAACAUCAGAAAGAUCAACAGGAAGUGUUGAGGAGAUCUAAGCAUGUGGUUGAGCUCACUGACGGUCGUCUGGUGUUCAGUGUCAGGGGCAGCCUGUCACCUCCCAGCUCGUCACAUGACGCCACCGCUGCAGCGCCAGCAGAGAACCAGCAGUCCAUUCCUGAGCUGACUGCCCCACUGAGUGGUAAAGAAGUUGAAGAACUACCAGAAGAACAAAAUCUUCCUGCGCUGUCUGAUCCCCCUGAUGCUGAGAAACUGCUCACCUCUGGUUUUUACUCUGCUGAGCAAUACCAAAAGGAGGAAGAGAUGUUAGUGAGAAGAUUAUCUCAAACUGACGCUGUGGGUGAAGGAGAGGAGGACCAACAGUGUUGUGGUUCUCCAGACCCCUCUCAUAAAGAUCUGCAUGAGGUUGCAGCACAACAGUACAAAGAUGAAGUCAGCAGAGCGAGGACAGCAGUUGUGGCAGGUACUCUGGUGAAAUCAGAGAUGUUAGAUAUAGAGGAUAAGCCAUUUUUAAGUGAGAGUUUGGGAGCUUUGCAGUUGGCUGAAAAAACUGCAGUAGCCACUUACAACCUUACUGAUGACCUUCAGCUGAUGGUGUAUCAGGGAGACAUCACCACGUUUGGGGCUGAUGCCCUGGUGAACUCUUCCAAUGAGGAUCUGAAUCAUUGCGAAGGCAUCGCUGCUGCCCUGAGUCAGGCUGGGGGUCCUGAUGUGCAGUUUGAGAUCGACUCUUUAAGGAAACAUAAAGGACAAAUCCCUACUGGUGAAGUUGUAGUGACCAUUGGGGGUAAUUUACCUUGCAAAAGACUGCUGCAUGCUGUUGGACCUGUGGCUGGAAAAGCAGCUGGUAAGGAGAGGGUGUUACUGGAAAGAACUGUUCGGCGUGCUCUGAGUUUGGCAGAAUUGAUGAAAUUUAAGUCCAUCGCCAUGCCGUGUAUCGGCUCAGGAGUGUUUGGCAUUCCUGUCACAGUUUGCUCUGACGCCAUUGUGUGUGCUGUCAAGGAAUUCUGUAGUCAGGGUGAAAAGAGUCUUAAGACAAUUUGCCUGAUAGAUGACAAAGGAGAGGUGGUGAGGGCCAUGCAAGAAUCAUGUGACAAGCAUCUUCUGGGGCAAAGUGCUGCCUACCAUACAGGAAGCGAAGAUUCACUUGGAAAGGAGUUUGAUUCUGAUGGACAAAUAGUUGCCAGAGGAGCCACAGCUGGAGCUCCCAAAGGUCUCGUCCAGGUUGAGAUUGUUCAGGGGACCAUUGAAAGCCAGCAGACAGAUGCAGUGGUAUCUCCAAUGGUCUUCAACGAUCCUCUAUCUACUCGUGUUGGAAACAUUCUCAGUAAAGCAAUUGGUCCUCGUGUGACUAAAACGAUUAUAGGGAAGUCAGAAGGUGAAAUGGGGCCUGGUGACUUCAUACUAGAGGAAAAUCUGACUGGAGUUCCUUUUGGUGCCGUGUUCUUCCUCAACCUUGUUCAGUGGAAUGGAGAAGACAAUGGAACCGCGGUUCAGGUUCUCCGACUGGGCAUCAACCAAAUUCUGACUUCCUGUGAGAGCAAAGGGUUUGGAUCUGUAGCAAUACCUGCACUUGGGGCUGGCAUUGCUCUGUGUUUCCCAAUCACUGUAGUAGCCAGGGUUUUACUGGAGGAGAUCUCUAAAUUUGAACAGGAGAGAACCACCAGCGCACCACUUCAAGUUCUCCUUGUUCUUUCAGAUGAAAAGGCUGUAGAGGUCUUCAAAUGUGUCCAAGAAGAUAAAAAGUUCAACAGAUGUACUGAAAACGAUCUGGAGAGCAAUCGAGAUCAGGACUCCAGUCCAACAAGGAUCGUUCUACUGGGGAAAACUGGAGCUGGGAAAAGCCACCUAGCUAACACCAUCCUGGGGGAGGAAGUUUUUGCUUCAUACCAUUCUCCUAACUCUGGAACUAAUAAAUGUCAGUCAGAGACCAGAGCCGUCAAUGGCAGACGCCUCACUUUGAUUGACACGCCUGGUUUCUUCGACACAGACAGGUCGGAAGAGGAGCUGAAGCCGGAGAUAAUGCGUUGCCUCACAGAGUGCGCACCUGGACCACACGUCUUCCUCAUUUUACUUAGAGUUGACAAAUUCACAAAGCAUGAGCAACAGGUUAUCACAAAAAUAUGCGAUCAUUUCUCAGAGGAUGCUCUGAAAUACGCUGUAAUCGUGUUCACUCAUGGCGAGCAGCUCCAAGAAGGGAUGAAAAUCGAAGAGUUUGUCAGUAAGAAUAAGAAUCUGAGUAAUCUGGUGAAGAAGUGCGGAGGUCGGUGCCAUGUCUUUGAUAAUAAACACUGGAACGGAGAAGGGCAAGAUGAUUACAGGAACAACCAGGUCCAGUUGGAGGCGUUCCUUCAGACAGUAGACAAGAUGAUGGUAGAAAAAAACGGAUCCUACUACACCAAUGAGGUUCUGCAGCACGUAGAAGAAAGGAUCCAGAAGGAAGAAAAGCAGAUUAGAGAGAGGGAGGAGUAUUUACCCCCACAGGAGGUCAGGAAGCGGGCUAAAACUUCUGUGUCUAAUGAAUUUCUAAUCCAGUUAGCGGGUACUGCCACCGGUGUUUUGAUGGGGGCAUUUUUCGGAGUGGCAGCGCUAUUGGAAGUUGUAAUGAAAGUUGUGAAAAAUCCCACCGAAGUGAUGAAGCGUGUGAAAACCUUAACAACGAUGGCACCUGCAGCGGCUGUAGCAGGAAGUGAGGUGGCAGUCGUGGCCGCCGGAGUGGUGGCAGGCAUCGCCACUGUAACCGCAGCUGCCGCAGGAGGAGUACGAGGUUGUGCUCUGGGUCAGGAAGCAUCUAAGGAAGCGAAAAGUCCGAUGGAGGCAAUUGAGAAGAGUUUUGACGCUGUUAUGAAGGGAAGAAGUACAUUUAGGAUGCUUCCACCAAAUUAAGGGUGUGUUGACACCAGCUAUUGUUUAGUGACUGACUGUAGUUUAUUUGUCUAGAAAGUCUGGUAAGUUUGGGGAGGUGAGAAUCCACAAUUGAACUUAGGACCAAAAAAACUGGUCUGCCUAAAACCUAGGUCUUGGUUUGGUUAAAGUGAACUCUGGUGCGGUUUGAAUUGGACCAGAGAUGGCUCCAAAAGCAGGAAGCAAAUUAUAACGCAGGGCAUUUUGGGUCAAUAGAGCAAAAACAAAUGGGCAAGUACAAGGAGAAAUGGCUCAUGGUCUCCUACCAGACACAAGAGAGAAAUCCUACAACCACUAAAAUCUGAUGUCGUUCCAUUUUGGUUCACAUCUUGUGAAGAAUGUAGGUGCACUGGUUUUCUUCUAAGGUUUUUGUGCCAUUUCCUUCAGUGACUCUUGGUGCAGUGCCACCCACCACAGGAAGGGGGGGGACAGGUUCUUCAAAGCGUUUGGAUCAUUUGACACAGCAAUGUGAAAGCAAACUGCACCAGCUGAAAAUGUAACACAUGGUGCAAUCGAACUAUCAGGUGUGAAAACAACCUAACAUUUAUCAUCGACAAUCGUAAAGCUUGACGUUUUGAGGAAUGUUUUUAUUCUUUGCACUUAUCUUAAAUAUUGAGGGUUUUUUUGUGCCAUCACUUGCCCUGUUGAGACAUUUUGAGUGGAUUCUAACCAUGGAAAUUACAGCAUCAAUGUGUAGCUGGCAGAUCUGCAGAAAUGAUCAUGUUAGACACAGAACAGCAAAGGAAUGUUUCAUAUGAGCUACAUAGCAUCUUGUGGAACCAGUGCUGAUAAGAGACAACAUUAUUUUUAGAACAAACUCUACACAAACACCUGAUUUGUUUGUGCUGCUGCACAUAGGAAUUGUUACUCUUAACCUGUAUUGGCAAGCUUUGGGCACUAGGGUUUUUUUUCAACAUUUUAUUUUUAAUUUUUUUUUUAAAUUCCUGUCUUGUUAAGGUACUCUACAAAUCCUACAGCCACUUUUUCUAAAUACUCUUUACAUUCUAAUUGUUGAUGCACUUUUGGUGAUAGUGUUACUCGUUUUAACGGGACAUCCUUUUAAAGACGGACAAGGUUUAUUGUCACUGUUACCUUGUUUGAAGACUUAUAGGCAUGUUAUUUAAUUUCUUUGUUAAAAAUGACACUUGGUGUGAGUUCUCUUGCCUAAUUUAUUAAGCAAUUCAAGCUGCUGUUACUUUUUAUUUGCAAUGAGAUUAUGACAUUGAAAGCACAACAUUCGUAUCUCAACCAAAACUUUAUGGUAAGACUAUUUGAAAAAUAUGAACCAGCAAUUUGAGUAAGCACUAAAUUUAUGUAUUUUAAGAGAGACAAAAAGCCCUAUUGAUGUAAUGCUUUUAUCACUAAUAGUAAUAAAAGCAUUACAUGAUAUAAGAACAAUACGUGUAAUAAUCUCUGUUUUGCAUAUUAUGUUUUGUUGUGUAAAAUGAUCUUAAUUUUACAUAAUAUAAAAGUCCUUGACUUGGUGUUUUGCACAUUUAUUCCAUGUUUGUUGACUUUGACAAAAUGACAUAAGGUACAUACCUUUUAAUAUAUUGGAAUAAAGUUUUUAAAAAUAAAAGCA